UUUAAUGAGCAUGUCUAUGAUAAGAACCAUCACUUCUAACGUCCAUGGCCUCAAUCUCCAUCCUCGCCAUCGAUCACAUCCCAGCAUCCAUAAUUCUUCUCCAAGUUUAGAGAUUUCCAAAUUAAAACAUGGAUAUUUGUUCGUGGCAAGUCGAGGGGCACAAACAGGCCGUAUCCGCUGUGGAAUGCAAAGCGAACUCCAUGCAAUAAUGGACAAUUACCUUCUAUCAGGAGUUCCACAACCUCCACCCAACUUCCCAAUCUGGGCAUGUUGGGUUUUUGGAUCGAUACUCACAAUAAUCAUACCGCUUUGGAAGCUAAAAGGUGGAUUCUUACAAAAAGUAGGAAGUAAGGUAGAACAGGUUGUAGAUAUUGUAGAGGAUGUAGCUGAGGCCGUGGAAGAUGUGGCUGAGGUCAUGGAAGAUGUCGCCGAGGCAGUAGAGAAGGUAUCAUCUGACGUGGCCGACAAUCUUCCUAAGGGUGGGAUACUUAGGGAUGCGGCCUUGUGGAUUGGGAACACGUCCAAAGAGGUUAGGGAGGAUGCCCAGCAGACAUUAGAUUUCAUUAACAAGGUCGAUCACUUGACGGACGAAGUGGAGAAAAAGGUGGACGCGUUGAUCGAUUCCUUUACAGAGGAUGGAGGAGAGGCCAUACAAAAAGAAGCCAAUGUGGACGAACGGACAGAGAAGAUAGAGACAGUGGUGGGCCAGCCCCUCGCAGAACAAAGAGAGCAGGUCGAAAAGGCCGCACCAUUUAAACAAGAAGCACAGGUGAGACAGUCAUGACAGUACGUCGGCCGUCGUGUCUCGAAGUGGACCUUUGACUUCUCAAAUGCACGAGAGCCAUUCGAGAAAGAUAUUGGCCUAGAAACAAUCACCACCAUUAGUUGAUAACGUGGCCCAUGAACUGAUCGAGCUGUUACAACCUGUAGCAUUUUUUUUUUUUUCCUUUUUAAUAAUUUUCAUUAGUCAAGCAAUUUACAGGACGUUAUAAUAGAUCAUUUGACAAGCAAUUUACUGGACGUUAUAAUUUGUAUGAUAUUUUUAAAAUUGAUCUGAAAAGGGAUUAUAUGCCGCCAAAGAGAAGGCUGUCAACGGGAGUUCUAUGGCUCACAGAGACUUUGCAUGCCACUCACGGCGCUAAUAUAAUGUUGAAAUUAGCUGUCUU